AUGUUGCAACCGAUAAGAGUUGGGGUUUCGGCGGUUUUGUCGCUGCUAUUGAUCGCAGCUCAUCUGCCCAGUGCAAACACCUCCCCCUUGGAGUUCUCCGAGCGAGACACGAAUGAAAUUGGCCUUGGGAAGCUGGGCCCUGGGAAGCUGGGCGCUGUUGCUAGCGAAAGCUCAAUCUGCUCUCGCCAUGGAUCUGAUAUUCUCAAGAAGGGCGGAAACGCCGCUGACGCUUUGGUUGCGACAGAAUUUUGCAUUGGUGUCGUAGGGAUGUAUCACAGUGGAAUCGGUGGAGGUGGCUUCAUGCUCGUGAGAUCAGAAAAGGGCGAUUACGAGUUCGUUGAUUUCCGAGAGACUGCUCCAGCAGCGGCAUUCGAGGAUAUGUACAAGAACAACGAGGAUGCUUCCAUCUACGGCGGGCUGGCAAGUGGAGUACCGGGCGAAGUGAGGGGUCUUGAGUACCUCCACAAGAAAUAUGGCUCCCUUCCAUGGUCGACUGUUAUGCAGCCCGCUAUCCGCACAGCCCGUGAUGGGUUCCCUGUCACAGAAGAUCUUGUGAAAUAUAUGAAAUCUUCCGUUGGCACUGGAGAGGACUUCCUGUCCAAGAACCCCACGUGGGCAAUUGACUUUGCUCCUAACGGAACCAGGCUUGGGCUGGGCGAUACCAUUACCCGACGCCGGUUGGCGGAUACCCUUGAGGCUAUUGCACAACGUGGCGCGGAUGCAUUCUACUCUGGCCCCAUCGCGGAGGCUAUGAUCAACGCGCUGCAGAGCCAAAACGGCACAAUGACGCUCGAGGAUCUGAAGAAUUACACUGUGGCUAUUCGGGAUAUCUCUCAGAUUGACUACCGUGGCUACAAGAUCACGAGUACGACGGCCCCCUCGAGUGGUAGUAUCGCCAUGAGUAUUUUGAAGAUCCUCGGGACAUACAAAGAUUUCUUUUCGACUGAAAAAUCUGUAAAUUUGAGUACACAUCGCUUGGACGAGGCGAUGCGAUUCGGAUAUGGCGAGAGAUCUAAAUUUGGUGAUCCUCUGUUUGUUGACGGGAUGGCCAAGUACGAGAAGGACAUUCUGAAGCAGUCUACGAUCGAUGAAAUUCGAUCCAAGAUCUCGGAUGCUCGAACUCAAAACGUGUCUGUUUAUGACCCCGAGGGACUGGAAAGCCUGGAAACCCCUGGGACUUCCCAUAUUGCAGCAGCCGACCACACUGGCCUUGCAAUUUCGGUAAUCACCACAAUCAACCUGCUCUUCGGUAGCCAUGUCAUGGUUCCAGAAACCGGUAUCGUCAUGAACAACGAGAUGAACGAUUUCUCCAUUCCUGGAUCGUCAAACUCAUUUGGAUACAUCCCCUCUGUAGCAAACUACGUUCGCCCUGGGAAACGCCCUCUUUCCUCCAUCACGCCCGCGAUAGUUGAGCGACCGGAUGGCAAGCUAUUCUUGAUUGCGGGAUCUGCAGGAGGCAGCCGUAUUAUUACUGCCACCGUCCAGAACAUUAUCAAUUCCAUUGAUCGAGGACUCUCCGCGGCCAAAGCAUUGGCCAAACCCCGUCUGCAUGAUCAGCUGAUGCCAAACCAGGUCACCUUCGAAUACACGUAUGACAACGCAACAGUUGCCGACAUGAAAUCGCGCGGCCAUAAUGUUACUUGGGUUGCUCCGGGACAGAGUACUGCCCAGCUGAUUCGGGUCUUGCCCAAUGGAACAUUCGAUGCUGCUGCUACCGGAUAUGUCUACGAACCCUUCGAACUACCCCAACUUCCUACCCUAGACAACCCGCCAUCUACUGUGGCACUCAGGAAUACAAUGGCUCGACUCAGCAACAUCUCCGUUGUUGUUCCUCUUCCCUCCUUCGACAUCGAUCCCCUCAAGACCUUUGACGAAAACUUCUUUGACCGUGCUGUUGACAACAUCCUGUCCGAGGAAGCAAGCAUUGAAGAAUCCCGAGACGAGAUGACGGACAGUAGUAUUGGCAUCUCUAGUCCCUUUGGGUGUGACGGCACGUCCGACUUCUCGAAGCUCAAAGUUCGUCGUAGCGGAAGGACCGAAGCCAAGUCGCCGCAUUUUUCUACACCCUCCACCUCCUCGCCUACCACCACCACGACAAAGAAACAGAAGUCGAGAUCAUCUUCUAGGAUAAAGAAGGCAGUGACAAUGGAGGACUUUAAUGGCAAUAAUGAAGCUCCUAUGAGCCUUGAAAACGUCACUCCCAUUCACGAGGCUGGUGAUCACCCUUCUUCACUUCCCGAAGUCACCGAGUCCAUCAACAUGUCGACCGGUGACAACGAAAUGACGGCGGAAGAGAAGAUAUUUAUUUCCGUGGACCCAGAAAAGCAAAUGCAGGUGCUAAAGUUCGUCGUAUCACACUCUUUUAUGAUGGAACAGGCUCAACCUGUUCGAUGUUCGGCUAGACGAGAAUUCACUGGCCAAGUGCGCGGAGUCGCUGCGCAGGCUGGAAUGAACGACACAGCUAUCGAUGCUUUAAUAGCCCACGUUCGAAAGACCUACCUUGAGGACCGUGGGAUUGCAGCAACAGAAGAUGCCGGCUCUGCGUUUGGAGACGAAGUGGAUGGAGAUGAAGAAACACACAAUAAGAGCUCGCAUCGAAAACGGCGUAAGAGCAGCUCUACUCACCCCGAGGACAAAGACCACAGGAAAACCAAGAGGCGUCACUCGGAUAAGGCAAGACGGCACAGCCACGAUGCUGUGCCGCAUGAUGAGCCAACCGAGGUUGUGGAAGCUCAUGUCCCGGCAGGUGCUCCUCCUGGAAGCCAGGACAAUAGCUGCAUUGAGCCGGAUGAACCAAAAAAUGAGGACAACUCGCCGGAUCUACCCAUGAUGCCUACGAACAUCAUUCGGGGUAGCCCCGGUAGACCCAUCGACCUGACCGACUCUCCUCCAUACGACCAGAACAUCGCUGAGGCUGAUGCGGUUCAACCAAGCGAAGGCGUUGAUGCCAUUGUAGGGUUCAAGGAUGUCAAAAAGAGAAUCAAAGAAGUUCUUACACGUUACGUGUCACCUGACGCCCCUAGAGAUGGUGUUCCCGAGAGCCCAUCGCCUGAAAAGGUGGUCGAAGAAAAGCCGUCGAAACGUCGGGAGUCAAGCAAGGCAUCGAAGACAGAAAAGAAUAAGCGCAAGCGCGAACGGAGGCGCAUUCGAAAGAUGUUCAGUGAACAGAAACAGCCUCAGGACGAUUCCGUUGAUGGAGCGGUGAAACAGCCUCGAGGCCAUUCCGUCGAUGGAGCAGCUCAAGACCAAAUUCCGCCAUCCACUCCGCGACGACCCUCCUUUGAGAGCUCCAAUGGAAGCAGACAGAGCUCCGGUGUGACUCCAAGUGAUGAGGUCCAGUCUAAGUAUUUCUUAGGAGCCGGCAACCCCAGAGUUGGCUCGAAAAGCAAGCGGGAAACAGCUUCCUUGCUCUACGAUUUGUCUAUCCCCCCCAAAGCCCGACAGCUGUUGAAUGAUUUGAAUCUGCCCCCAGAUUUCUUGUCAUCGGAUUCGUCCUUGAGUGAUGCGCCGAGUGAUUUGGAUUCUGAUUGGAACGAUCUAGAUGAUCUUCCUUCGCAUAUUCAGAUCAAGUUAUCACCUCCAAAAAGCCCCUGUCUUGUCCCCCAAUGUACAAGUCCUGACCCUGAAACUCCGGUAAAAUGCACCUCUUUCGUUAGCCCGGAAUCCAUUAAAACCCCUAAAGCCAAAGCCCCGAAGCAUUCCCCUUAUUUCCCACGUGUGCUUGCUGAUCCUGAGUCUUGCCUCCCAUUUCCCCCUAUCAAUACGCCUUCUUUCGGACUCAUUCAGGAACAGCUUGCACAUGACCCCUUUCGUUUACUCAUUGCAACGAUAUUUCUCAACCGAACCCGCGGUGGUGUUGCCCUGCCGGUCUUGUUCAAGGUUUUUGAACGAUACCCUACGAUCGAGGCGAUGGCAGAGGCAGAUCUACCGGAAUUCGUAUCGAUGAUCAACUGCUUGGGCUUUCAGAACCAACGUGCAAGGAAAUGUAUCACAUUGGCACAAACAUGGCUAUCAGAUCCCCCGAACAAAAGCAAAAGAUAUCGCAAGCUCCACUACCCACGAAAACUCGACGGCCGAAACGUUGGUCGUGAAGAAUGCAUUGACGAAGAAGAUUUACGAGUCGCAUGGGAGAUCGCACAUCUACCCGGAGUUGGAGCAUACUCUCUUGAUAGCUGGAGGAUCUUCUGUCGCGAUGAGUUGCGGGGGAAAGCCUCUGACUGGAAAGGGACGGAUGCAACAGAGGUCGGGUUUGUGCCUGAAUGGAAGUGCGUUCUACCACACGACAAGGAGCUACGUGCCUAUCUUACAUGGAUGUGGCUGAAGGAAGGAUGGGUUUGGGAUUACAACACGGGUGAUUUGACACCUGCCAGUGACAAGAUGAUGAGAGCUGCGCAGAGUGGAGGGGUCGCUCGUGAAGAAGAGAGUAAUUGGGUACUAGAGACAUCCCCUGUCAAGGCUGUGAAUGGAUUGCAUGGAUCAGAUUGA